AUCAAUUAUAGUGAACUUUGGGUCCGUUAGGGUUUAGGCCACUGUCUUCUUCUUCUUCCCAGAAAAUGGCAGCGAUCCUAAAGCAGACAACUAAGAUCGCCGGGAAACUGUUGAAUCCUAAAUUGCUAUCAACAACAAGCAAUAAUGUCACUCACUCAGUCUUUCCACGCGCCACCGUCAGCGGCGGUGCCGUUCGGUUUGCGUCGACGUCAGGUUUGAGCUACCUCGAGAAGAAAACAGCUCCUCGACGAUUGCCGGCCGUUUACAAUUACCUUCUUCAAGCAGAUGAAAGAACUCAUUCUACCGGAAAUGAACCUAUUCCGAAAAUUACACUAAGUCAUGUUUCUGUGAGCUUUGCGGGAUAUGUUGACACUAGAAGUCAUACAGAAGACACUAAUGCAGCAAGCACAAAGGCUAAGAAAAACACGCCUAUCAAGAAGAAAGGGAAGAAAGGAACUCAGAAGCAAAAUACCAGCACACCAAGCAAAGCUCGUAUGAGAAGUAUUAACACAGCUGGCACAAAAAUUAUUAUGAAGCUUGAUGUCAAAAACGCUAAUUGGUUGAGUGAAAGAGUCAGGGAGAGGAUCAUGCUCAUGGAAAAGACUCGGAUCAAGGAUGGGGAGCUUGUGCUUACUUCAACUAAGACUAGAAAACAAGAGAAUAAUUUUGAAGAUGUUUUGGCCAAAAAGCAGAAAGUGCUUGGGAAAUUUCAGGAAAUAAUUAAUGCUGCUUCAUAUGCUCCGCUGCCACCUUCUGACGGGCUUGUAAAAAAGAUUUCCAAGUUGGCUGUUAUGAGGAAGGAAAAUAAUUUUGCAUGAGAAGCAAGUCUAUGUGAUAUAAAAAAGAAAGCUCGAUGGAUGAUGGGUUUGUGAAAUCAAAAUUUUACUGAAGAGACUUGGUUUGUAGUUUCUGCUGUUGAUUAAAAUUCAAAUACGUGGCUGAAAGGUUCCAUGUGCUAGACAACAAUGCACAUAUUUUUUGUUUCUUUCUAUCCACAACUGAGUAUGAAAGUUUCAAAGACAUCAUCGUGUAUUAGCUUCUAACAUUUUUCAGAUCAUAUGGUUGACAGAUUACACAGUUCUUUUGAAUAAACUUAACAUACUAUGUAGUUAUAUUUUGCGUGUA